UCCUCUGCGAUAGAGCGCAGUAUCUCGGUUUUGGAGAGACGAUAAGCUCCUUCGCUGCCCUCCUGAAGUAUUGGAGGAUAGGAAGUGGUCGUUCGGUUGGGACUUCAUUGCGGGCUUAUAUUCUGUGCCGAAUUGACGUGGAUUUCGUUGAGCAGAGUUCAACGGAUGUUCGGGAGAUCGAGAGAACGCGCGAUAUUUUUUCGAAAGCAUGUUCGGGUAUUGUGGUUUUGAGUGAAAUUCUUUGUUCGAUUUGAAUCAAAAAGAUUCGAAAAAACAGUAUUGCUUGAAAACAGCGCAAAAACAACCUGUUGGAUCAAUAGAAUACCGGUGAAGAGCCGUCUCAAGUGCGUCAAACAGGGGUAAUAAAAGUGUAUCAAGAGCUUUCGUGUGCGGUGGAUAAGUGAAAAGGUAGAAGAUUAAUGUGCUGAAUUGCAAAUAAACGCGAAGGCAUCCAUACAACUGGCGUAAAAUAAACGGUAAAUACAGAAGUCCGCCCGUUGAGUGUGUAAAGAUAAGUGAUUACAUUGCUAUCGAUUAAUUGAUAAGGAAGGAAGGGAAGUGUGCGCCGAACAUUUAUUUUUGCCAAUCGACGACCCCAGCGGAGAAAUGUGGCGGUGAUUAGUGUGAACCGAGCGUUACUUUGAAGAGCGCGCACAAAUGCGCUGGAUGCGAGUGGAGUGAUCGAACGCAAUGCGCAAGACUUCACAUGGCUCCGUGCGAGAAUUGGUGGGCGUAUGUGUUCAACAUCAACGAGUGAGCAAGCCUGAGUACUUUCGAACUAAAUCCGUGAUCCGCGAUCCGGAACUAACGGUUAAGUCAGCUAAAGCCUGGUCAUCCGGUCGACGAGAUUAGCGAUGAUUGGGCAUGUCGUACAGCUGCCGAAAACGAAGAUAACACAAUCGGUGCAGCUAUUCCUAGUGUUGCUUCUAUUGCUGAGCUUCGUCCAGAAGAACGAUGUGGUUCGUGGCUUACCUCGGUCAAUUGGAGAAAAAAUAGAUACUUUUAGGAAGCACCACAAACCUCCGAUCGAUAGCCAGGAACACGUAGAAUAUGACGAUAUUGUCAAGGCAAGGCGUCGUUUGAGCGCCGUAGUGGGAAUGCCUCCUGCGCCAUCCAUCGGUAUCAAUGAAAACAACUCCGGACAGCUGUUAACCCAAACUUAUCGUUAUAAACGGGUAAAAGAUAAAUCCCCGUCGUCUGCACGCGGUUUGGGACCCAUCAUUGUCAGCGGACAAAAUAGCACAUCGACGACGCCGAAAACGUUGGACGACAGUGAUGACCAUGAAUGUAUCCUCGGACGAGCGCAUCACUACAUGGCCAAGUGGUUGAAUCGCAACGGAACUAUCAAUGCAGAUAACAGCAAUAUCGAAGGCAACUUUCUGGACCUUUCGCACAACUCCUCGGCGAGAAUCAUCAACGAGAUAAAACCAUUUCUAGGUCAUCACAAUCAAAAGAGGCUGAUAUACUUGUCCUUGGCGUUCAGCGGCAUAACCUCCGUACCGAAGACAGAACUAACCCUGGUCAAUGGCACUCUCAGCUUUAUGUCCUUGAUGGGAAAUGUGCUGAUACCUUUCAGUUUACCCGUACUGCAUAACUUACGCGUUCUGGAUCUCCGUCAUUGCGGAUUUAGUAGUCUUCCAAACAAUGCGUUCGCCAACACACCUAAUCUGGUAAAACUGUUCCUGGCACACAACAGCCUGACGAGCCUCAACGCUCUCAAUUUCAAUGGGCUGUCCAACCUUCGCCACCUGGACCUGUCCUACAUAAGCCAGGAUCUGUUGACUGGGCUCAUAGGAUAUGAGCAGCAGGUAGAUCCAUACAAUUCCCUAACCGAAGGAUUAGACUUAAGCGAAGAUGUGUUCGCUCCAUUGACCAAUCUCUCAUUCCUGGACGUGUCGUACACCAAGCUGCUAUCGUACAGCGCUAGAGCAUUUCGUAGCGUGGCGGUCAUACAGUUGAGUCUUUGCUACACCGGAAUACCUAUCAUCGUAGGAUCGAUGAUGAACGGCUCCCUCAAGGUGCUAGACAUAUCCGGAAAUCCAGGCAUCACAACUGCAAUCCACCAUGAUGCUAGCGAAGCCCGAGGUUUCAACGCCAAUCUAGAAAUACUGGUCUGCGAGAACUCCACGGUAAAGCACCUGGACUGGUUGAAUGGCAUGAUCAGUUUGAAAGUUCUACUAUUGGGGUACAACAACAUCAAUCAGUUGACCAAUGUGACCUUCGCCAAUAUGGAAAGCUUGGAAAUUCUGGAUCUAAGCAAUAAUCAUGUCAGUAACUGGCACCAGAGAGUGUUCGUAAGUAAUGAAAACCUGUUCAUUCUGGAUCUCUCGGCCAAUAACAUCAAUGUUUUGACGACGGAGAUGCUGUACGAUAUGGCAACGGUUGAAUUCCUAGCAAUUGGACAGAACAGCUUUGUCUGUCAUUGCUUGUUGCGUGAAUUCAUUGAACUUGCUGCAAAGAAUUCCCAAGCCAUCUCGUGUCUCCUGAAUAGCAUAGUGAGUCAAAUUCAGGACCUUUCGACCGAGGAUUUGGACGUAGAUUACCUGGAUGACUACCUCUUUUCCCAAGGUGAUGUCACGGAGUAUACGGAGAGUACUUCGACAACGUUGAGCACCACAGACAAAUCUCGAUUGCGGUUGACAACUGCCCUUGAUAAGCAACCUAAAAGUUUUGAACCAGAAAGUUCUACGACGACUUCAACUAUUUCACCAUCGGAGGAAAUGCACAAAUCGGAAGGUGACUACAAUGUGCUGUUCCGUGUGAUACACAGUUAUGUAUCCACCAUGUACAACAGCACAGCCAAGUUCCAGGAAAGUCUCGACAAGUACAGCCGAGGUCGAUCUUCAACGAGAGUUUACCGCAAAAUGGUAAACUCUCGGAUGACAUCCAGAUUCUUCCGCGUCGACUGUAAUAACGACACCGAUGUCGAGGAAGACGAUACCGACAUCCCCGACGACUACGUCGAUCACCCUUUGUACGACCUCAAUAUCCAGAUCAUCGAUUUCGAUGAAGAGAACUACAAAUGCAUCGACUUGGAUAAUUCGGAGUUCUACCUGUUCGAGCAGGAACGGUGCACGUUCGAUCGAACGCUGCUGGACAAUCUGAACCUUGGCGUGGCGGCCAACACCACGACGGCGAACAUCGUCAAGUUCACGCUGAUGUUUUUCGGGUUUGCCUUGGUAGCCUUCAUCAUCUACAUCUCCAAGUGGGAGUACAUCAAGUACUUUUGCAUCAUUGUGCGCAACGCUACGGUGCUAAGUUUGCUGAAGCACAAAAACGAAUCGCUGUUGAGGAAGCAGAGUCUGGCUUCUGUGGCCGGUUGUUACAUGUACGAUGUGUUCGUUAGCUACAGUGAACAGGAUCGACAGUGGGUGCUGGACGAGCUGCUUCCGAAUUUGGAGAGAACUGAGGACAUCGCGGUGUGUUUGCACGAGAGGGACUUCCAGGUAGGCGUUAGUAUACUCGAGAACAUAAUCUACUGCAUGGAUCAAUCGAGAACAUUACUGCUAGUAAUGUCGGAAAGCUUCCUCCUAAGUCAUUGGUGCCAAUUUGAAAUGCAUUUGGCGCAACACAGAUUGCUGGAAACGCGUCGAGAACAGCUAAUACUGGUCCUGCUGGAAGACAUCCCCAAAGUCAAACGGUCCAAAACGCUGCAGUAUCUAAUGAAAACCAAAACCUACAUCAUCUGGCCACAGCAAUCGACGGUGGCCGAAUCAGAACAGGAUACAGAAGUUAAGGAAAAAUCGAAGAAAGAACAAUCCAAGAAGAAGGCACGAAGCCGGAAGCAAAACAAAGAGAAGGACCCCCAGUCGUUAGUUGAGGAGCGGAAAUUGUUUUGGAAGCGAUUGCGGAACGCGAUAAGCGAGAGUGCAGUAUGGGAAAACGAUGGCAAUGGUGAGACGGGAGGCGAAAAACGAAGACACGACAGCAGUUCAUCGAAGGAAAGUACUGCGUGAUACAUUAUGUUGAUGAAUCAGGAAUGAGAUUUUAGUACAAUUAAAUAUGAUUAAACUAUGAGAUGAAUCAACUGUGACGCCAUACGGUCAUAUAUUUAA